AUGGAGAAUUCAGAUUGGUGCAAACAGAUCAAAUCCCAUCUUGGGGUUUUAGAUCUUGAUGUUGCACUUUACUCUGAGAAGCCAACUGCUAUUACUAAAGCUAGCAGUGGUGAAGAAAAUUCCUAUUAUAAGCAUUGGGAUCGGUCUAACAAAUUGGGCUUAAUGUUCAUGCGAAUGAAUAUUGCGGGCAACAUUAAGACUACUCUUCCCAAAACUAAAAAUGCAAAAGAAUUUCUGAAACUUGUGGAAGAGUCUUUCCAAACUGCUGAUAAGUCUCUUGUUGGGACACUAAUGGGUACUUUGACCACCAUGAAGUUUGAUGGUUCGCGUACUAUGCAUGAACAUGUCAUUGAAAUGACAAACAUAGCAGCAAGACUUAAGUCAUUGGGAAUGAAAGUGGAACAGAAUUUCCUUGUGCAGUUCAUCAUCAACUCAUUACCGUCUGAGUAUGGUCCUUUCCAAAUGAACUACAACACUAUGAAAGACAAAUGGAACAUGCAUGAAUUGAAUGAAAGAUUACCUGAAACUAAGGCAUGGUUUGAGAAGAAAGGGAUUUCUUACAAUCCAAACCAUAAACAAGAAUGA